GGCCAUCCCAAGGGGAUUCAAGGCUACAAACCAGAAAGAUAGAAAAGUCUUGCACAAAUCAUAGCAACAACCUCGUGGGCAUCCAAUCCCUACCAACGGCGAGGAGAGCCAUGAUAGGGAAGGCCACCCAGCUGGCCCAACAGGCUUUGCAAAGGGGAGGUCUGGAGGGGCCCGCUGACAAGGUAUGCGAAGGAGGAAGGACACCAAAGAUGUGGGGGGAACCCAAGUUGGAUCUUAUUAAUACCAAAAAAGGGGGAUCCAGGAGACUAUCCACAGUAACCUCCCUUUGAACCCACUUCCCCAUCUAGUCCACAUUUCCUUGAGAAUCAGCCACAUGCAUGAAUGAAGGCCACCUCAGGGAGGCUGGGAGUAGACAACAAACCGUGGGGCAAGGAGGCUGGGGCUCCACGGGCCAGGCCGCCAUUACACAAACUGAGUUAGCGAGUGCCGGGGCAGGGGCGCGCUUAGGGAUGCCCGUGACCCUGCGGAUGGAACCCCAUCGGCCAGGCCACCAAUUUAAUGUGGCCAGAAAUGAGCUGGCCCAUCUCACAUACAAGACGGUCCUUCUGGAGACCCGGCCCGGAGUGCCUAUAUGAUUUUUACCUGGGCAAGAACCCGAGGAGGAGAAGGGAGACUAAGGAAAUGGGCCAGUAAUAAAGACUCAGAGGCAGCCAGUUAGAAGAUGUGGGCAGUGACCCACUGAGAGCGAAUGGAAAUGUGAGGAGUAAGGAAGUACGUGGGGAGCCCUUCAUGCCUCCCAUGGACAAGAGAGCAUUAAUAGGAAGCCUGGGGGCGACAGCGGGCGAGGAUCAGCAGGAAACAGAAGAUUCAGGGAAGUCAGAGCUGUAAGAGAAGAGGUAGGAAGAGGGGAUUCGCGCUUGUUCCCCAGCCUUCACUGGAAGUGCUAGGAAUGUGGAGCAAGGCGCAGGGUAACGUUGGCUGAAUUGGCAAUGGCGAGAGCUCAGAGGUGGAGAUUAAUCCAGCCGGCCGAGCCAGGGCAUGGCUGGCUGCCAAGGCCCAGCCCAGGAAUUUGCCUGUCCUUUGCUAGUCCUUUGGACUGUCCCUUUCCGCAGCAUGUGGCUGGCAAGUGAAUGGACAGGACACAAUAGCCAUGCAUCGCCCUACUUCCAGGCUACAGUCCUAGGUGCCAGGGCGCUUUGGGGCUGUUACGCCGGUGCCGGGGAGUGACAGCGAGGAGCCGACCAUCUUCUCUCGCCCGACGGCUGCCAAGAAGGACAGAAAAAGUCUUCUAGCUGGGGGCCUGGUGCAAAGCGCCUUAGGGAGCUGGACAGGGUCUACUUUCCUCUGUGAAGCCCCACGGCCAUGUCCUGCCCUCCCACGGAUGGCUCUGAAAAGGGCCCCAGAGAAUGGUGUGCGGCUCCUCCGGGCCAGGCGGGCCGGCUCUCUGUGGGGGCCCCCCAAAGAGAGCCCCUCCCUCGAGGCACGAGGAGGACUCCAUUCUCCACCAAUGGCCACAAAGAGAAACAACAGGUCAUAAUAAGCGCAGCGCCAUUGCCAGCUCUGCCCCCAGCCCCCAGCCCAGCAAGGCCAAACUGCUGGAGCCUAGGCAGCAUCGCCAACCGCCCGGCGCGCCAAGGAGCUGGUGGGGCUCUUCAGGGCCGGCCAGAACACGCUGGGAUCCAGGAGAGCGGCCCGCUCAGGGAAUAAGGCCCCAACCCACCCGGAGGGGACGCUUGGGCCCUGCCUCCUCUGCUAAGCCUCACAAAUAUUUCCACUCUGGGACAGCUCGAAUGACGGAUGAGAACCAAGUCGAAAUGGAGCUCUCUUCCACUCCCGCCCAGCCAACCUGCUCUGAGGGCUGCGGUCCGACCGGCCCAACAGAAUCCCUCCUCCACGGGCCAAUCCGUUAUACUUGAAGCCAGCCAGCAUGCUCCCUGCCUCGGCCCUCCUCCCAGGUCUCUCUUCCCCAACCUGAACAGGCCAGCUCCUCUAGCUCAUCCCCAGCUGCCAUGGACGAGAGGCCCGUCCCCACCCCAGCUGUGCCCUCAAGUGGUGAGCCAGCUGCCUCGUCCAAGGUCUGCCUCGACCUGGGGAGCUGUGACUGAGCUCCCUGCUGCUAGAGGACAGUGAGACCGGCCUCUGUCCUGCUCCUCUCAAUGCAGCCCAGUGGAACAGGAAGAGUGCUUGCAGUUUGCUGGGGAUAGUUCUCAUUCCCAAGAGGAGGAGGCAGGUAAAUAUUUAACAACAGGCUCUCAGGAAAAAAGAAAAGUGUAUGCAGCACACCAUUGCAUACAUGAAGUUGAGUCUGCAUUGUCAACAUUUUCUCCAUCACUUUCUUAAGUGUGGACAAUCAACAAGGCAAAAAAUCAGACCCUCAUGUGAAGCAUUCGAUGAUCGAUCUUGUAGGUGUAGAUGCUCUUUGGCUUUUGCCAGCUCUAAGAGCCGGUACAAGCACACCCUGAUUAUAACCCUGUGAGAGUACUGAGCCCAAUGCUAUGACCUACCCUAACUUCCCCUUGUUUUUACAAAGUGGGAAACUGAGGUAAAACACAAGCCCCACAGUCACUUUCUAUCUGAUCACUGUUAGAGCUAGGACAACAAGCCAGACUUCAAGCCUCCAGGUCCACUUGGCUGCCCUGUCUUGAACUCCCCAGCCUCCCUUCCCUGACCUCUGGAAAGGUGACAUCUCACAAGUGUCACUGAAAAGGAAAAAAGGCUUUCUUAUUCUGAAUGUAAAUGCCCCAGAAGAGAGUAUUUGCCUGUGCAGAGCAGAACACCAAAGAGGAUUCUCUGGAACCCCACAUGUUCAUUUCAUCCUGCCUGCCUUUUUCAGUAAAAUAGAGGCUACGUUUUCCCAGCUCCUUUCAGAGUUGCCCUGCCUGGUGGUGUCUCCUUCUGCACUUCCUUCCAUUCUUUUCUGGACAUUUAAAAAUGACUCAAUGGCCUUCUUUUAUUGGCGUCACUCUGGGUGCCCCAUUCAACUUCUCAAAACAUCAGCCCUACUAAAAACGGGAAAAACCCCUUAUUUUAUAAAUAAGCAAAGAAAAAUGACUCUGUCCUGUGGCCAUGUUCAGACAUGUAUGUUCCCUUUGGCAUGAGUUGCCUCUCUGUCAGGAGGUGGGGAGCACGCUUUGUCGCAGUCCUCUAGAGCCAUGAUGCUUUGGCCAGAGUUCUGAAAUCUUUCGGAGUUUUCUUUUCUUACAUCGUUGCUAUCCUUAUAUGCAUUGUUCUUCUCAUUCUAGUCACUUCAUUCGGUUUGAGUUCCAACCACCCAGAAUUGUCUGAAAUCAAUCUCUUGCAUCAUUGCUCAACUAUUCCAUCACUUUUGUUUACUCUAGUGUGUUUAGCCUUUCCUCAGUUGUCUAAGAAGCAAUCAAAUGUCCUCCUUUGGGUUCCAGCUCUUUGCUUUUCUUUUUCUUCCCUUUCAAGAUCAAGAAAUUUAUCUUACUUGUGACUAUCUUUCCUAAUGCAACUCUCUCUCUCUUAAUUCUACUCCAUUCCCUUAUUCCCUCGAUUCCCACUUGAGUUUGUUGUAUCUCUACACCACACUCUUUGAGUGUGUAUGUUCUUUGCCUUAUGCCUGCUCCUUCCAUACCUUUUUUCCAUUUUGUAUAUUCUUCUCACAAAGCUCAGCUAUGAGAAAUGGAAAGUUCUACCAUCUUUUUCCUCCUUUCUAUACUAGGUCGGUUCCUCCCUAUACCCUUCUCUUUUUCCUCAUCAAAUCCUCAGAACAGAACCACUGCACCCCAGGGUGUUUUCCUAAUUGAAAUCCCUCAAUACCCUUUGGAAAGAUAUUAAGGUUCUGCAGGGACACAUUUCUUCUCUUUCAUUAGAAUGAUAGCACCUCAUCAUCAUUUAGACCCUUCCACUCAGAUAAAUUCCUCUUUCUAGGUUUCUCUAGAUUCUUGUAUUUGCACUUUAAACUCUGGUCUUUUCGCCAGUUAAAGAACUCCCUCUUAUUAAGAAUCCAUUCCUUCCCCCGACUCCUGUAGGAUUAUACCCUGCUAUGCACAACAGUUACAAGUUAUUCUUUCUUAUAAGUUUGUAUCUUUUGCCUUAUGGAAUAUUGUAGUCCAUGCUCUCCUCUCAUUUAGCGGAAAAGUGGUGAGAUCUUGUUUUAUCUUAAUUGUGGUGCUGUGAUAUUUGAAUUUAUUUUUUUUUCUGAAUAUUUGCAGUAUAUUUUUUAUUUGACAUGUCAACUUUGGAUCUUAGCUAUGACAUUCUGGGAACUUUGACUUUUCGAAUUUCUUUCAGGAGGCCAUCAGUAGUUUCUUUCGAUCUUCAUGAUUUUUUGACAUAAUGUGUCAUGGCUUUGAUUUUAUUAUGGUUUUCAGGGAAUCUGUUGAUAUUUAAAUGAUCUUUCCUGGCUAUGUUUUCCAUGUCAGUUAUUUUUCACUUAAGCUAUCUUGCAUAUUCUUUCUUCCAUUUUUCCAUUUUUUUAUUUUCUUCUAAUGUGUCUUGGUGCUUCCCAGAGUCAUUGACUUCUAUUUGGUCUAUUCUUAUUUUUAAGAAGUCUGCUUCUUGAGUACUUGACUACUUUCUUUUCUAAACUAUUUAUUCUCCUUACAAUUCUUUCCUCUCCAUUUUUUAAUUCCAUUCUUUUUAUCACUGGCUUAAUUUUUUCUAGAUAUUCAAGUAGUCCUUGUGGAAGACCCAUUUCUUCUUUUGAACUGCAACUUGCAGAUAUUUGUUCUAUUCUCCUUCUAGAUGCUUUGUGGCAUCUCUGGAUCUACAAUAAUUAGUUUUAUCUUUUUUCAGUUACAUUCAGAAACAGUUUUUGACAAUUGUUUUUUGACAUUUCAGAAUUCAAGUUUUCUCCCCUCUUCUGCUCUCUUCCCUUCUUGAGGCAAUGAAUAGUCUGAUAUAGGUUAUAUUUGAAUUUUCCUGUAAUACAUAUUUCCAUAUUGUUCAAGUCAAGAUAGAAGUCAUGUAUCACACAUACAAUAGAAACUCCAUGAAGGAAAUAUAGUGGAAGAUGGCAUGUUUUGAGUUGCACACAGGCUAUAAUGGUUCCUUCUUUGGUUGUGGACAGCAUUUUCAUCAGGAUUCUUGGAGACUUGCUUGUGGAUAAUGGCUUAGUAUUCCACAGUUGACCAUCAUAUGAUAUUUCUAUUAUACUAUAUACAUUGUUCUCCUAGUUCUUCCUACUUCUCUUUGCAUCAGUUCAUGUAAGUCUUUCCAGAUUAAAUUACAAGCAUGUGCCAUCUAUUCCUCAAGCGAUGGACAACCCCUGAGUUUCCUGUUCUUUAUCACUAAAAAAAGCUACUAAAAAUAUUUUGUACAGGUAGGUCCUUUCUCAUCUCUGAUCUUUUUGGGCAUAGAGGCCCAAUAGAGGCAUUGCCUAGUCCACAUUGAUCUCCAGAAGAGUUUAAUCAGUUCACAAUUCCACCAGUAUCAUAUUAGUAUCCCAAUUUUCCCAUAUCACCUCCAACAUUUAUCAUUUUCCUUUUUGUUCAUGUUAAUCAAUCUGGUAGGUAUGAGGUAGCAUCAGAGAGUUGUUUUAAUUUUCAUUUCUUCAAUUGGUAGUGAUUUGGAGCAUUUUUUCAUAGGACUAUGGAUAGUUUUAAUUUCUUCCUCUGAGAACUGCCUGUUCAUAUUCUUUGACCAUUUUUUCAACUGGCAAAUGCUUUGUAUUUUUAUAAAAUUGUUGCAGUUUUUAAUAUAUUUGAGUGAUGAUUCUUUUUUUCAGAGAUACUGUUAUAAGAUUUUUCCCCCAGAUUUUGUUUCUGUUCUAAUCUUGGUUGUAUUGGUUUUAUUUGUACAAUAACUCUUAAAUUUACUAUAAUCUAAAUUAUCUAUUUAAUUUUUUUGUAUUGUUUUCUGUUUUAUUUGGUCAUAGAUUCUUCCCUUAUCCAGGACAGGCAAACUAUUCCCCAUUCCCCUAAUUUGUUUAUGGUGUCACUCUUUAUUUCUAGAUCAAGUAUCCAUUUUGACUUUACCCCUUUGUAUGAAGUGAGAUGUUGAUCCAUGUUAUUCUCUACCAUACUGCUUUCCAAUUUUCCUAGCAGUUUUUGUCAAAUAGUGAGUUCUUUCCCCCAAAGCUUAGAUUUUUGAGUUUAUCAAACACUAAAUCACUGUGAAUAUUAAUUGACGUGUUGGUUGCCUCAUCUAUUCCAUUGAUCCUCCACUCUGUUUCUUAGCUGGUACCAGAUUGUUUUGAUUAUAGUUUUAUAGUUUAAGAUCUGAUACAGCAAGGCCUCCUUCCUUCAGAUUUCUUUUCACGAAUUCCCUUGAUAUUCUUGGCCUUUUAUUCUUCCAGAUGAACUUUGUUAUUUUUUCUAGCUCUAUGAAAUAAUUUUUGGGUGGUUUACAAAAACUCCUUAGAGUAGUUGGUGUCUUACUCCAUUCAACCAUCUCUUCAGCCUUGGUUCCUAAGACAGGGCUGGUUUCAUGCCUUUCUAUGCUUUGGGGCAGGACUGCCAGUCCUUCUGGGUCUCAACAAGGGUCACCUGGGUUCCUGCCCUGACCUCUACUUCCUAGGGUUAGCUUCUCAGGAAUCCUUAAUGUUUGGAACUCUGAAUCUAUGGGGAUCUUUGAGCCCUGAGGUACCCCAAUCUAAGUGUGGCCAUGCCCACGAUGGCGGGUGCCACUCUUGUUAGUUUCCGAAAUCCCCAGAGCAGUUUUCCAACUCCCCUCACUCUCCCAAGAUUUCUCUGGGAAACUAUACUCAAUCGCUAGAGAAUUUUGAAUUUUCUUUGGUGGCUGUAGACCCUCUCUGGAAGGCUGUGUGCUGAAUGUUUCCCUAAGCUGGUCCUGGCUUUAGUGGCAGCUCCCCUUUCCUAAUGCCCAUAGACUUUUGUCUGACUUUGUUGUUGGCUCUGGAAGGGGAAGCGUUCACUGCAGGCUCUCAAUGGAUGUCUUGAGCAUCCUUGAGCCUAGUAGUUUAUCAGAUGUUUGAAGCUGUGGGUAUGUGUGAGCUCAGACAUCUGCCAUUCCUUAGCCAGAACUCAAAUAGGAUGUAUUUUGAAUACUAUUUCAUUCCAUUUCAUAAACAUUUUACUAGGCACCAAACAUUGUGCUAAACAUUAGAGAUACAAAAAGAGGUCAAAGACAUUCCCUGCCCUCCAGAAGCUUAAAAUCUAAUGGACGCUGGUUUGCCUACAUGGAAUUUCUGAAGACUGAAUAUAUAAUUUGCUACAAAUUGACUUUGUAAAAGAUCCUUACCUUCUGUGUUAGAAUUGAUCUAAGUAUUGGUGAGAAAUUGAGAACAUUCAUCUCUCUUCCUUCACUGGAAAGGACACGUAAAUACUGUCAGCUGGGGCUGAUACAUUGGUUCGUGUUACUGAACUGCUUUCUUUCCUCUUUCUUUGUAAAAAAUCUUUGUUGUGGAUGGUGGCUCAUCACAAAGAGGGGAGGGGAGCCUAUGUGUCUAUUUGGAAACAAAUGGGAUAUAAAAGCAAAUGGUUGUUGGGCCAUAUCCGACUCUGUGACUCCAUUUGGGUUUUCUUGGAAAAGAUACCAGUGUGGUUGGCCAUUCCCUUUUCCAGUUUGUUUUACAGAACCAAGGCAAACAGAGUUGACUUGACCAGGACCACACAGCUAGUAAGGGUCUGAAAUCACAUUGGAACUCAGGAAGAUGAAUCGUCCUGAUCUGAGGCCCAGAACUCUAACCACUGGACCACCUAGCUGUCCCCCAAAGAAAGGGGGAGCAAUGAAAAUUAAAGGACUUUUUAAAAUGAGAAGGUUGGCAUGCUGGACGGCAAUUUGGAUCAUACUAAAUGUAACCAGUAGGUGGCAGUGUCUGGCAGGGUUGGAGUUUUUAGGAAGCAUCAAAGAUGGAGUCCCAUCCUCUCUUCUAGUCUCACGGAGGGUAAAGUGAGCGUGAAUGCCUGGGGGGGAACCACAGAGAAGCUGGCAUGCUCUGGACUUCGGGGACUGGCCUGCUCGUUUUAGCCUGCGGGUACAAGAGGCUGCUGGGGGAAGCGGGUCAAAACAGAUCCACCCAUGGAACGUACAGUCCUCCCCCUAGUGGGGGAGGAGGGAAGAGUGAAGAAAGGAAUUCUGUCCUUAGGCUCGGCUAGUUCGGAAAUCCGGAGCAUGGGGGAAAUUAGGCCCAAUGGGAAGAACCCGGAGCAGUUCUGGAGUCAAGUUAAGAUGCUUCGAGGGCUUUCCUCAGCUUUCAACUGUGAUUCCUGAGUUUCUGCAGGCCGAGGGGAGGCUGGCAGCCGGAGCCCGAUCAGAUGGACCCGAGGGCAGGCUCACAUUACUGGGCAUCUCUCUGUCCCUCGGCCUCUGACUGGGUGGCUCCCUUUCUUUCUCCAUCUGCCAGUGUUGCUAACCCUACCCUCUCCUCCCCCAGGCCCCUGAAGGCCAUGCAGCUCGGUUCUGGAUGCCUUACUGGUCCAGCUGGGGAGAACCCGGUGUGACUUCCCUGGCACCUAAGCCAGGGGCCGUGGUCGUCCAUCGGUGGGCACUUUGGGGAACCGCAAAGAGCUGAGCCCCAGUUGCAGACUCCGAGGUCGGUGCCCAGGUGUAAGGAGUGAUGAGGCAGGGCCAGUCCCAUGUCCCAAGCCCGUGGAAUGGCCCAAGGGAGUUGGGGGGCAGCGGAAUCUGCUUGGGAACCUGCACGGUCAGUAAGCAUUUCCUGCAGUCAAGACGAGCUGGGAAGCAGGGGCUCUUAUUCUUCCCAUUUCACAGAUGAGGAAACUGAGGCCGGCCGGCGGCGCCCCCUCGAGGCCAUUCUCUGGACACGUUCGCUACGACCUUGGAAGCUCUCCACAGAUAUCUAGUCACAAGGAAGCCGCGCCUCGCUCAGCGGCUCUGACUCAAGGGACCCCUUCCUCCUCCCUUAAGUAUAGGCAUGAGCGCAUGCGCGUAAUCAGCUCCGCAGGGCGUCCCUCCGAGCCGCUUAGGCCCGGUCCGCACCACGGCCCCGCCCUCACAGAGGAGGGAACAGAACAGCGGUCACCGUCCUCGAAGCCAGAUGUCGCGAGAGUGCGCGUGAUUGGAGAGGCAGGAAGAAGGUUCGUGUACCGGAUCCAGUUCCGGCGGGGUACCCUGGUUCGUGUGAUGCCCCGACGCCGUGCGGCUCCGCCCUGACACCUCGGCGCCAUGACGCCCUGACGCCACGCCCUGACGCCAGUUCCGUUACGCCCUGACGCCAGUUCCGCCCCGCCCUGACGCCGGUGACGCGCCGCCUCCGCCGCCGAUUCCUCCGCGGCCUCCUCCCGGCGGGGCCCUCAGUUCCUUGGACUGCUGGGCGCUCGCUUGGUUGUACCGUCCGUGUUGUCUCUGUGUCUGCGGGCAGGCGCGCUGUCGGAGCGGGCGCUGCGGAGCGGGCGGGCAGGCACGGAGGCCAUGGCGGCCUCGGCGGCCUCGCACCGGCCCAUCAAGGGGAUCCUGAAGAACAAGAGCAGCGCCCAAGGCUCCGCGGGCCUGCCUCCGGCCACCGCCACCGCCUCCGCCGCGCCGCUGCCGCCGCAGCCCGGCUCCCUGGCCACUGACGAGGACUUCGGUAAAAAAUCCCAGAAGUGGGAUGAAAUGAAUAUCCUAGCAACCUAUCAUCCAGCAGACAAAGACUAUGGCUUAAUGAAAAUAGACGAGCCCAGCACUCCCUACCACAGUAUGGUUGGUGAAAAUGAUGACGACGCCUUGAGUGACUCCGAAGCGACUGAAACUCUGACCCCAGAAGUGUUGGCCCGGAAGUUAUCGGCUGCAGAAGGCUUGGAACCAAAGUUCCUUGUUCAGGAUGAGGAGAGCAGUGAAGAGGAAGACAACCUGACCCCCGAAGAGCAAGAAAAAAGGCGUCAGUUUGAGAUGAAGAGAAAGCUUCACUACAACGAAGGGCUCAACAUCAAGCUGGCUCGGCAGCUCAUUUCCAAAGAGCUUCGGGGGGAUGUGGAGGAGGAUGACGGAAUGAGGCCUGGGAGGAGCAGCCAGUUGCAAAGCCAAGAAGAUGUUCCCUAGAAGAGAUCCGGGUGGCAGCCCUGGACCUCGGCUCCUCUGUUGCUCCACGUUCUCCGCACGUCACCUCUUCGGUGUCCAAAUGACCAUCUAGUCUUGCCCCGAGUUGUCAUGGUAGCAUGGGAGAGAGGCUGCUGGAGGAGGCGGGGAUGGCGAGGGACAAGGCCCAGAGCUGCUGCUCGCCGGAGACACGUCCAUCACGGCAGCCUUUCUGAGAACACUGGUUAGUUUGUGUAGCGUUUUGUCACUUUGUACCGUUCUACGUUAGACAGUAGCUUGUUGGUGUUAAUUUAUUCGCUACCCUCGAGGCGGGAGAUGGCCUGCGCGUGGUGCAGCCAGGAGCAGGAUGCUCGCCUCGACAUUAGUCUAUAGAGUUUGCCUUUAGAGCUUGGGAGGAGAGCCUGGCUUCUUUGCGUUCCAGAGCAGCUGUUCUCACAGAGGCGGUCGCCAACCCGUAGCCCCUCCCCUCUUACACGCCAUGGGCAGAUUGGAAACCUAUCUUGUGGGUGGGCACCGCUCCCAUGGCCCUAACAGCUUAACUGUGGCCUUCCUAGCUUUGGGGACUUUUUAGCCCAUCAAUUGAAAGCGAUUCCUUCUUCCUUCUUUUUUAACCUACUCUUAUGGCUCCUAGAAAAUCCAGACUGCAUUUAUUUGCAUGACAAGGAGAGAAUUGUGUGAUGUGAUUUGGUAGAAUUCCCAGACUGCUUCCCCAAUGACCUCGAAGGCUGACUGUGCUCUAAUCUUCUGAUGCCAGAGUGCCUGGGAUUUCUCCAAUAGGGGCGCUGAGCCCAGUGUGUCUUGGAGCCUGGUGACAGCUUAAUUGUUCCUCAGAUAUCUGUAGGUUAGAUUUGAUCCUUUUGAAAACAGAGUUUCCAUCAUAUGGAUAUGCUUUUAACUGCUUUCUGUGUCUUGUAUGUAUGGAAAAACUCUUCCUUGAGCAGCUUGACUUUACAUUUGACUAUUGAAGCCUCAGUGAGUGAAUAUAACAAUAAAGACUGGUUGCCAUUGGAAGCACGUGGUAAUUCUUUUAAGCAUUUUAUGAAACAAGUAUUUUUUACAGUGAGAAUCCAGGCAAGACCCUUGGAGUUGCACUGGCUGUAUCUCAAUAAACGGAGGUCUUGCCGAGAUCCUUUUCACUGCUUGUGCCCUUCUCUCUUUUAAUCCAGUGGUGUUAACCCUUUUGUACAACUUUUCUUGCCCCAUGUAUGUGUUGGAAAAAUGGGGCACGGAGGGGUGCCCGAGCGAGGAAUCGUUUUUAUAUUCCUUGUCCUUUAUCUCUCUUGAGUUUCUUAGGUUUCUUUUUUACUAUCCAAGUUCAUAUUGCUAUGAAAAUAAGCUGCUCUUUUAAGACCAGAUGUAAAGAAAGUUCUUGAGUCAGAAGUAUUAGAUGACACUUUAACAAAGCUGGGGCUCUUUCCCAGAAGCUACAGGUUAAAAGUUAAUUGAAAAACCACUUUUUAUUCUUACUGUCUUCCAAAUUUGGGCAAAUAGAAAAACUUUAUUCUCUCUGUAAAACAGUAUAAAAACAUGUAUUACAUGGGAUGUGUAUAGUUAAAAUCUGUUAUUAAAUACGUUGUGACAAAAGCUUGGCCACGUAUUUUCAUGAAGGGACACAGUCAUUCCUGGGUUGCCCACAAAUUGCUAUUGUCUGAAAAAAUACCAGAUUGUAAAUGUACAAAAAACAAAUGGCUAAAUAAAAUUUUGAAAGACUUA